AUGGAGAAGCUGCUGUCCUCGGCGGUGGCGUCUCACGAUCACGAGACGGUCCCGGGGCGGUUCCUCCUACCGCCGGCGCCGCCCGUGUCGCUGCCCGUCAUCGACCUCUCGGGCGGCCGCGACGAGGUCCGCCGGGCCGUGCUCCGCGCCGGCAAGGAGUUCGGCUUCUUCCAGGUGGUCAACCACGGGGUGCCGGAGCGGACCAUGCGUGAGCUGGGGACGGCGUGCGGCGAGUUCUUCCGCCUUCCCCUGGCGGACAAGGUGGCCUUGUACUCGGAGUCGGAGGACACGGAGCGAACCAACCGGCUCUUCUCCAGCACCAUGUGCGUGUCCGGCGGCCAGAGCUACUGGCGCCACUGCCUCCGCCUCGCCUGCUACCCCGUGGAGAGCACCAAGCCCGGCUGGCCCGAGAAGCCGGCCGCGCUCCAGCCCGCCCUCGAGGACUUCAUCGUCCCCGCGCGCAGCGUCGGGAUGGAGCUCCUCCGCCUCCUCUGCGAGGGGAUCGGGCUCCCGCCGGACUACUUCGAGGGCGACCUGAGCGGCGGCGAGGUGAUCCUCAACGCCAACCACUACCCGGCGUGCCCGGACCCGGGCGUCACCCUCGGCCUGCCGCCGCACUGCGACAGGAACCUCAUCACCGUGCUGCUCCAGCCCGGGUACGUGUGCGGCCUCCAGGUGUCGUACGACGGCGGGUGGAUCGACGUCGAGCCCAUCCCGGAGGCGCUCGUCAUCAACUUCGGCCAUCAGCUGGAGAUCGCCACCAACGGGCUGCUCCGGAGCGUGGAGCACCGGGCCGUGGCCAACGUCGCCGUGGGGAGGACGUCGGUGGCGGCCUUCAUCAUGCCAACCAUGGACUGCGUGGUGAGGCCCGCCAAGGAGCUCCUCGGAGAGGGCAGACCGGCGAGGUACCGGAGCAUCGCGUUCCGCGACUUCAUGCGCAGCUACAAGCUAUGA